AUGUCGUCCAGCGUGCAUGAGGAUGUCGGCGAUGAGAGUGAGCUCAGCGAGCCAGGCAGCAUUGAGAACUCGCCGCCCUUGAAUCUGGCUAGGCACAACAGGAGACGAAGCGCUCAUAGUUCCUACAUUCUCAAGGAUGACAUGGAUGAGGACGAGGAUGAGGAGCCGCCCGUUGUGAAGAACCCCAGCAGGGUCGCCAAGCGCAAGCGCGCUUCGACUAAUGGCGAGGCGACGCUGAAAUCACCAGACGACACUGCGCAGACCCUGACGCCUAGCAGGAUGGCCACCAGGCCCAAGUCGCGGACCGGCAGACCAUCACUAGGAAAGUCGUACCGCGCUCACUCCAACAGCAACAAGGGCGUCGUGCUUGGGCAUUGGAGAGACUCCGGAGUACCGGACGAAGAUCGGAAGCAUGCGGUCAUUGGCUUCAUCGACGUGAGAGACAGGCUGCGGACCAGGAUUCAGUCUUACAACUUGAAAGGCGAGGCGGUAGCUAACAUCUGGCCGCUGCCACAUAAGACAGGAGGCAGCUGGGUCAUCUUCGAGGGCAUCUGGUUCUUGCCGCAUCUGGUCGGCAUGGAUCAGCUGCAGGUCAAGGAGUAUGUUCGUCUGCGCAUAGACGCCCACGAGGACACGGAGGAGGAAAGGAAGGCGGCCGAACUGGCUGCUAAGAAGGAGGCGAUUCAGGUUGUGAAGAUGAAGGAGGCCUCGAGCACAGAGCCUCCCACGUAUCCAUACCCGCCGCCGUUGAUUGCGUACGGGGCCAACCCCCCCGACACAAAACGUCGAAGGACAAACACGGACCUCAACCCUACACCGACUGCCCCCGAGCCUCCCGCACACACGCGCGCAGGCCUCGAACCGCUUGAGGGCACUCGCCCGACCCGCAUCUUUCUGGGCUGUUGGUCAAAGUCCGACGCGGAGAGGGCAGAGGAUCGGCAUGCCGUGUACGGCAUCCUGGGCGGCAACGACAUGUUCCGGGUUAAGUUGGUACGGGAGACGCGCACGGGCGAGUACAGGAACGGCAACUUCCCGCAGGGGGCGGGCGCUUUGUGGAUUCCGUACGAGGAGGUGGAUUUCGAACCGCAUCUCAAGAGUCUCACGCGCAACGAGGUCAAGGAGUAUGUUCGUAUCCGCCAGUAUCAGAUUGAUCAUGGCGAGACGGAGGAGGAGCGCAUCGUCCAUGAGACGCAGGCUGUGUAUAGGGCACAGGCGCGCGUCAUGGCUCUGCGCUCCGUGCAGAACCACCCCGUGGAGGACGUCGGCCAGACCAUGGCCGCAGAGGCCACCGCGGGCACGGCGACCCCUACCAACGGGCCUACGUCCUCCACCGAAGUCCACUCGGGCGCUGAAGGGGUACGCACCUCCCGUAGAGUGGAAGCUCGACACCAGCAGCAACAGGAGCAGGAGCAGCAGAUGCUCAAGGAGCAGGAAGAGCAGCGCAAGGUCUCGGAGCAGCAACAGUCGGAGGCUUUGGGUCAGCGACGCGCCUCCGAGCACAUGGCGCGGCAAGCUCUAGCAGUAUCGCAGCAGCACCAGCCACAGCACAGGGCGACAGUGAACGGGCGUCGAAGUCUCCCCGCUGGUCUUGCGCUGCCCCCCAGCGGCCAUUUUGGUCCCCUCCAGAGAGCCACCACCCUUGCGCAGCGUGAAGUCGCACGUGCCGAGGCCACGCAGGGUCGGGCAGAUGCCCAGGUAACACAACGCCAACGCGCGCAGGUGGCUGCCGAUGAGGCAGCAUCGGCCGCUGCCGCCGCCGCCGCCGCCGCAGCUGCCGCAUCCUCGAGUCCUGGAAGCCGGCCCAGUAGCACCUUUCAGCAGAACAGCGAGGUCCAGCGCCUAAACAGCGUCUGGGCCCGUCAGGAAUCUUUGCGUGCCCGCGCGGGUGCCGAGGAUGUCAAGGUGUACGACAACAUCAAGUAUGAGCGCAAACACCACGGGCCCUUCUUUGGCAAGCUCGUGUCCCCUGGCAAUUUGAUCAACAUUGACGGGGAAGACUACGUGGAGUAUCGGGUCUUGACCAAGCCAUCAUUCUAUUAG